AUGGAUAAGAAGAGCAAGGGUCGUCAAAAGAUUGAGAUGAUAAAGAUGAGUAACGAAAUCAAACUCCAAGAAAUUUUCACAAAACGAAGAGCUGGUCUUUCUAAGAAAGCUAGUGAAUGGUCCACUCUUUGUGGCGUCGACAUUGCAAUUAUUAUUUUUUCCCCUAGUAAAAAGGCUUUUUCUUUUGCUCAUCCUUGUGUUGAAAAAGUGAUUGAAGAUUUCAUUUAUGGUAAUCCUCCACGAGAUACUUCAGGAGCCAUGACACUCAUUGAGGUUCACUGCAACUCCAGGAUACAUGAGCUCAAUAUGAUCCUCACACAGGAAAUGCUUUUCUCAGAACUUGAGCAUUUAAAGACAUCUCUUGAGGAAUUGGAGAAGAAAGUUACUAAAGAAGCUGAGAUGAUUAUAAUUUAG